AUGCACCCGAGGGCCGACCACCCCGGAGCACGCAGCACAGCGUCCCCCGCGCCGCUCGGGACAAACACAAACGCAAACACAAACAGACGCAGACCUGCAGCAGAGGCUCCAGGCCGGCGUCGCCCCGUCCCAUCGUAUUGCCCCCGCGCGGUGCCAGUUGCUGGGCAGCACGACUUGCGUCACAGCCACCGGCCUCUAUCCGCUGGUCCGCGUUCCCGCUCGCCCGGUCGAUCAUCCGUCUCGUUCCUGCCCGCCGUCAUCGUCGCGCGGCCCCGUCAUGUCCACGCGCUGCGCCUGCACCGCAUGCCGUAUGCCUGCCCGGGCCUGUGCGGACAGUCCUCGCGCCUGUCCGCGGCACAGCGCCGGGCUCGACCACGCUGUGUCCAUAACCGCUGGGCCCGAUCACGCUGCAUCCAUACUCGCCAUGCCCCUGCCCAGCGCUCCGCCCCCGACGCUCGCACGUGGAACACGCCAGCCUUCUGCACCGCUGGGCUGGAGGCUGCAGCACCUCGUCCUCGCGCGCGCAAGGGCCCCACCCCCGCCCUCCUCGCGCGUCCAUCCCACCGCCCGCCCCCGGUGCAGGCGCCCAACGUGCAGCGCGGCCGGCUGACUCGCGGGCGCCGCGGCCGCGGCCUGGACGCAGGGCGCACCACGCAGCAGCACUUGGCCUUGGCCUGGCGGCGCAUCCGCAUCGCAUCUCUCCACGCGCGGCGCCCAGACCUCGGCGCAGGGCGCAGGGCGCGCAUCUCCCGCUCCGCUGCGCGCCCCCCUCCUCUUGCGCCCCGGGCCGCUCGCGACGCCAUCAAGCGCGCCGUUGAUCUCGAAGCCUGGCCGGCCACACUUCCGUGCUCUCCGCAGUGUCUGUCUCUGCGUCCUUGCGUCUGCGUCUCUGCGGUGCGCUGUGGCGGGAGCGCCGCCGGCGGCUUGCGGCCGGCAGCGCCACGUCCGCUGCGCCUGCGUCGAGCCAAUGAUUCGGGUGAGAUCUGCCUCCCCCCACCGCACGGGAUACGGAUAGGCCCCGUCGUCGCCUGGCUGCCCAGCCGCCCGCCGCCCGCCCACCGCCGCUCGAGACCCGCACGUGUGCGCAUGGGCGCCGAGCCUCGUGCGCGCGCGGGCGUGCUGGAACGUGAGCUCGAGGCCGUCUGCGACCGCGGUGGCGCGUCCCGCACCAUGCAGAGGCCGCUCGAGCUGGACGGCGAAAAUGCUCUAUGA